CUCGUUCGUACCGCUCCGUAUUCGGGUAUCCUAUUUAUUUUCAGUGCAAAUUGUCUGACGUGUGGGUGUGAGCAGGAAAUGGAACAAACAACUGAGCUCCAAAGAGAGCCCAGCAUAACAGGCAACUCCUUGCCAACGUUGCGACUUUGUUGAUUGUUUGUUGGCAACAUAAACGAACCCUUCUCGCCAAAAAAAAAAAAAAAAAAAACAAAAAGUACCGAUUCCGGUUCGGAGUCCGAAAUUCUUCAUUCACAAAACGCAGUCGGUGCAAGGCAUUCGAGCCAAGUGGACGUGGAAGCCACCUCGAUCUCGGCCAGAAAGGGGUUUUCGCAUCCCGAAACUGGCUUUCGCUUUCGUGACGGUUAACGGUUUUCGGUAUUUGGUUUACGGUCUACGGUCUACGGUUCACGGAGUACGGCUGUCGGUUCGUUAGGGUUUCGCUUUGGGUUUCCAUUUCAGUCGCCGUCUACUUUGUUGACAAAGUUAUUGCCUCUGGCUUAAUGACUUCGUAAUUGAUUUGCAUUCGAUGUGCCACAUUGAUUGGCAAUUGAAACGUAAGGCACCCUUGCUUGGGAAGUCCCAGCUCCACGGUCUGCGAACCACAGCCCACUCCACUCCAAACCAGUAACCACUCAUCGCCACCGUUGCUAAUCAAGGUUAACAGGGAUAACUUCAUUGUCGCCAUGUCGCUGUCUGUGGCCAGCCGUCGUCGCCUCCAGACGACGAACGCUCCAUCGUCCGGCGCGAACCCAUCCUCAUCCUCAUCCUUGACUUCCGGUGGUCGCUACCAACUGCCGUUGUCGGUGCGAAAGCAGCACUCGUUUGUGGAGCCCACGUCCAGGUUUUCGGCCCAGCAGAGGGGCUACCUCUCGAGGGGUCUCUCCGUGGGCCGGUCCAUCGAGAACAUCCGCCAGAAGCUCUAUCCCGUGGGCAGGCAGACGUCUCUGGCCGUCGAGGAGGCCACGCCGAGGAUCGCUCCCCGCAUCACCGCCUCGCAGGUCCAGGGCCUCAGGCUUAGGGACAAGAGUCUGGUGGCCUGGUCUUCCACUUCGUCGUUGCUCAAGGACCAGGAACCAGAAAGGACUACGCCGACUGCUCCGGUGGAUGGAAAGAUCAGCGCCAAGGCGGACAAGAAUCGGAUUAAUCUGAAUAUAGUGCUCUCGCAGACGAUCAGGGCGACCAACGAGAGGGAGCACGAUCCGGAGCAGGAACACGAACCGGAAGCGGAGCACGCCAGCGACAUCGAGGGAAGCCAUCCGGUGGAGACGCCCGAGAUCCCGUUGACCAUCUCGCCGGCGUUGACCGUCCAGAGGCGUCCGCCCCUGGUGCGUGCUAUGUCCGCUCCCGUCCGCGGAUUGGACGAAAGCAGCAAGGGCGUACUAGCCGCCAGCAAGAGGAGCCAGCAGAAGCUGCGUCGCCGCAAGAUCUUCGCCCGGACGCCCUCGUCCGUGCCCCUCGAUGUCAUCGGGGACACCUCGUCGUCCGCCGCAUCCGCAUCCGUGUCCGCCUCCUCCGCCGGCAACGGAAACACCGCUAAGAAGUCCCUGAAUCGGGCACGCAGCGUUGUCGCCCCCGAUGUCAUCACGUUGGUCUCCCUGCUGAGUUCCGAGGGCAGCGACUCCGAGCGGGAGGACACUAGUUCGAAGGCGGUCUCCCCGCCGCCCGCCGGGUCCGGCGGUCCGGACAAACAGCGCCGGGCGCCGCUGCUCCGAAAGACGGGCAAAUCGGUCUCGUUUCAAGACAGCUAUCCGCCCACAUUCCAACUGGCCUCCAAGGAGUACUCGCACAUGAUCCGCCGCGGAUCGAUAGCCCCGCUGGCAGCCCGAAUUCGCGCCAAUCGACCGCCGACAGCGCCGCCCGUCUCCAUUUUCCUCACCGAGGUCCAGGGCAAGAUGGACCAGCCGCCGAAGAAGGAGGCUGGUGGAGAGCCAAGCGACGCCACCCUCUCCCCGGACGAGGCCAAGAAGGAGAACAACAACAAUGCGGCCAACUGCGAGGAGCAACAGCCGCAGCCGGAUCACAAUUAUCCGGCUUAUGUGCGGAGCUUGAAGGAGCGCGAGUGCUGGAAGCUGCACCAGAAGAUGGGCGCCAAGGGGGUCAGUGUGAGCUAUGAGACGGUGCUGCGGGGCAUGCUCACGCCCACGGAGUUCCGGCACUUCCAGAAGCAGCGGGAGCAGGAGGAGGCCCGCGUCCUCGAGGAGGCGGAGGCCGCCGAGGCAGCCGCCGCAGCCGCAAUCCUCGAGAGCGGCGAGAAGGAGGGACGCAAGCAUCCGGGGACGGCCAUCGAACGUCUCUCGGAGGCUCUGCUGCAGAGCAAGUAGGAAGAUUCCGGAUGGAAGGGAAUCCAGUUCCAGUUGCAGAGUUACGGAACGCGACCAUUAAAUUGCAUUUGCCUCUAGAGGACGUAGCAGUAGUCGAGCACUCGUUAAUCCGCAAUCGCACUCCGCUGAGACACCACAUCGGCGUCCACUCCGUAGUCGUAGGAUGGUACCCCCAAACCGUAGACCCAACUGAAAUCCGUAUGUAUUGGAUGGCGGGACUCAAGCUUCAGUGGACGCAGAGCCUGGCCAAUAAUCGCAACCGCAUCAGAAUGUAGAACCCAAACAAUAAAGAGUACUAGAAGACA